CUUUUUUUCGUCCCUUGAUCCCCCCCCCGGCCGCUUUCUCGCAUGAAUCUCCUCGACCCUUUCAUGAAAAUGACAGAAGAGCAGGACAAAUGUAUCUCCGACGCCCCCAGCCCCACUAUGUCGGAUGACUCCGCCGGGUCCCCCUGUCCCUCUGGAUCCGGGUCGGACACGGAGAACACCAGACCCCAAGAAAACACCUUCCCCAAGGGGGACCCGGACCUGAAGAAGGAGAACGACGAGGACAAGUUCCCGGUGUGCAUCCGGGAGGCGGUGAGCCAGGUGCUGAAGGGCUACGACUGGACCCUGGUGCCGAUGCCGGUGCGGGUGAACGGCUCGAGCAAGAACAAGCCGCACGUGAAGAGACCCAUGAACGCCUUCAUGGUGUGGGCGCAGGCGGCCCGCAGGAAGCUGGCGGACCAGUACCCGCAUCUGCACAACGCCGAGCUCAGCAAGACCCUGGGCAAGCUCUGGAGGCUGCUGAACGAGAGCGAGAAGCGUCCCUUCGUGGAGGAGGCCGAGCGGCUGCGGGUGCAGCACAAGAAGGACCAUCCCGACUACAAGUACCAGCCGCGGCGGAGAAAGUCGGUGAAGAACGGGCAGUCGGAGCAGGAGGAGGGCUCGGAGCAGACCCACAUCUCCCCCAACGCCAUCUUCAAGGCGCUGCAGGCCGACUCCCCGCAGUCGUCCUCCAGCAUCAGCGAGGUGCACUCCCCCGGGGAGCACUCGGGGCAGUCACAGGGCCCCCCCACGCCCCCCACCACCCCUAAGACGGACACGCAGCCCGGCAAGCAGGACCUGAAGCGGGAGGGCCGCCCCCUGCAAGAGGGUGGCCGGCAGCCCCCCCACAUCGACUUCCGAGACGUGGACAUCGGGGAGCUGAGCAGCGACGUCAUCUCCAACAUCGAGACCUUCGACGUCAACGAGUUCGACCAGUACCUGCCUCCCAACGGGCACCCGGGGGGCCCGGCCGCGCACGGCCAGCCCGGCCAGGUCACCUACACGGGCAGCUACGGCAUCAGCAGCACGUCGGGCUCCCCGGGCGGCGCCGGCCACGUGUGGAUGUCCAAGCAGCAGGCGCAGCCCCCGGCGCAGCCGCAGCCCCCGGCGCAGCACGGGCUGCCGGCGCUGAGCGGGGAGCAGGGCCCGGCGGCGCAGCAGAGGACGCACAUCAAGACGGAGCAGCUGAGCCCCAGCCACUACAGCGAGCAGCAGCAGCACUCCCCGCAGCAGAUCAACUACAGCUCCUUCAACCUGCAGCACUACAGCUCGUCCUACCCCACCAUCACCCGCUCCCAGUACGACUACACCGACCACCAGAACUCCGGCUCCUACUACAGCCACGCGGCGGGGCAGGGCAGCGGCCUCUACUCCACCUUCACCUACAUGAACCCCACGCAGCGCCCCAUGUACACCCCCAUUGCAGACACUUCGGGGGUCCCCUCCAUCCCCCAGACCCACAGCCCGCAGCACUGGGAACAGCCCGUCUACACGCAGCUCACCAGGCCCUGAAGCCGCGGAGGAAAGCGGGAAGAGAAAGAAAAAGAAAUUUCGAAAACAAAACAAAACAAACAAACAAAACAAAACAAAACAAAACAACAAAUCAGAAAAGCGUGAAAGCAGCGAGAAGAACUUCCUUCAGACAUUUUUUUUUUUCCUUCUUUGAAUUUAAAAUAAUAAUUAAAAAGAGACGCUCAAGUGAAAGCUGGCGGGGAGGAGAGAGCGCCUCGAGCCUUCUGCACUACAGCAUCCUCCAGGACCCGCCUGAGAGCCAGCAAAACUCGGUACACACUUGCCAAGGACUGGACUUGAACUCUGCUUCCAGCAUGGAGAGGAGAUUCCUACCCAACCCACCCAGCUGUCUUGUUCUCUGGACUUUUGUAAUGAUUUUUUUUUUUUUUUAGCAGUAAACUAAAGGAAAAAAAAAAAAAAGAAAAAAAAAUGGGGGGUAAAAAAGAGAAAACUCAGAGUCCUCUGUGAGGAAUAUUCUCUAUUUUAAAUAUUUUUAGUAUGUACUGUGUAUGAUUCGUUACCAAUUCGAGGGGAUUUAUACGUAUUUUUUAGAGAUUUUUUUAAGACGCUCUUAUUUUUCCAACAGCUUAAAAAAAAAAAAAAAACGACACUUAGUGGAGCAGCGCUAGGCUUUCUUGCAGUCAGAGGUUUUGUAUAGAUAAGUGUCUUUUUUUUUUUUUUCCUCUCUAAAAAUAAAACUAAACCAGCGUGCUUUGACCUGGGAACCAAGCUCUGUACGUGGGCAGCGUCGGGCACAGCGCUGGGCAGCGCUCAGGCUGUGCAGGGACCAGCAUGGGAGAGGCUUUAUUUUUCUAACUCGUAGCAAAAACCAGCCAGGAGAAGAGUUUCUCCGCUUUAUUUUUUAAUAACCUCGAGCCUUAAGGAAGAAAAACAACAAAAAAAAAAAAAAGAUUUAAAUCAACUGGGCCCCAGCCCGAGGCGCUGGGGAGAGGCCUUAAAGCAGCCCCGGGGGAAUCCCCGGGCCCCAGCUCUGCCUGGCCCUGGGCUGGGGGGGCUGAGCUCGACCCCCUCCGGGCACCCCCGGCCACCCCAGGCCUGAUGCAAAGCCCGUCCAGGGGCUCCUCUCUGCUUGCAGGACAUCACAGAUACUUUAAAUUAUUUAUUUUGGGAGAAGAGCAGUUUUUAAUCACAAUUUUCCUCGGGUUUUUUUUUUUUUUGAUCUCCCCUCUAUUUUAAGUCCUUUCAAAAGCGAUUGCAUUAGUCAGAGCAUUAUUUGGAAGGUAACCGUGCCUGUUAAAUUAUGGUCUUGAACUGUAACCAGUCCUUUAUUUAUCUCUUUAAUUCUUUUUUUUUUGUUGUCGUUGUUAUUAUUAUUAUUAUUAUUCUUUUUGGAAUCUGUGUCCUGGGUUUGUACAAACUUGUGCUCUUCCUUUUUUUUUUUUUUUUUUCUUUUGUCUUAAGGAUGAACUGGAAAAAAAAAAAUAAGAUUUGUACAAACUAAAGAUUGCAAAUGUAGCGUAUCACUGAAUCAUUUGCCUUGUUUUCUGCCUCAGCUCUCUGGGACACACGAGCUCGUGCGAGGACGAGACCCAAGGCCCCAGCCCUGCCUGGGGGUGGCUCUGUUUUAGCCUUCCAUCCCCCCCAAAACUGCCUUCAGAGCUGGGGGGACACUGACUUUGGUGAAGCUGUGGCUGAACAGUUAAGGAUUGCUUUUUAAAAAAGACAGCAAACUUUUUUUAUUUAAAAAAAAAAUGAUAUAUUUGUUAACAAUUUUUUUUUUUUUUUUAGGGAUUCAGUAGAAGAAAAAAAAAUCUUAAAGCACUCUUAUAAUAUGGCAUCUUUCUAUUUCUGUAUAAAAGCAGAUCUUUUUAAAGUAUUUCUGUAACUUAAAAGACCUGUCAUUUAAAUCAUAUUUUGUCUUUA